CAUUUUUUUUCUUGUUCAACUGGCUUAGAGAAAGUCUCAUCUAAGCUCAAUCAAAUAUAUUUUGCAGCUUCAACCUUCCUUCCCAACUCUUCUUUGGAUAAAACAACAUCAUGCAGAAAGAUGGAUAUGGCAAAGUUAACAUUCUUGCACACAUCCUUGCUGCAACCUCAAUCGGAUUCAUCUCCGCCGGCGCUGCUAUUCAUUUUUACCGGAAAAAGUCUAAAUUCUCGAAAGAAAACUAUAUUAUCCCGCGUUUUGAGAGCACAGGAUCCUCUCAUGGAGGAAAACAUGAAGCUUUUUCUCAUUAUGUUGUUAGGCAAAUAGGGUUUAAAGAUGCAAGUGAGUGUCCCCAAUUAUGCAAGUUAGCUAAUGAAUAUUUGAGGAAAACCAAAGACUGCGAAGAAAAAAUGUAUGAGUAUUUUGCUAAGGAGAAAAAUGCUGAGUCACUGUAUGUCAAGUUGGUGGAGGAAUUCGAAACCUGUAUUCUCAGUUAUUUUGCAUUUAGUUGGAGCAAAGCUUCUAGUAUGAUCACCCAGGUUUUGAGGGUUGAUUAUGAGAAGAAAAGGUUCAUAGACAUCGUGAUGCAGGCUACAAGGAAAAGAAGAUUUGAGAAGGUGACCAAGGACCUGAAGGUGACUAGGAUGUUUACUACAUUGGUGGAAGAAAUGAAAGCAAUCGGGUACGCCAAACCGAAGGAUGAAUCAGAAUGUACAGCGGUGAUGACGCCGGUGGACCACAAUGAGAGGAGUCCGGUGCUCCUCCUUAUGGGCGGUGGAAUGGGAGCCGGCAAAAGCACGGUCUUAAAAGACGCUCUCAAACAAUCAUUUUGGUCAGGCUCGGCUGCGGCAGAUGCGGUUGUGGUAGAGGCAGAUGCUUUCAAGGAGACAGACGUAAUUUACAAAGCCCUUAACUCUAGGGGUCACAGCCAAGACAUGCUACAAACUUCUGAACUGGUGCACCAGUCAUCCACUGAUGCAGCAUCUUCUCUCCUGGUAACAGCACUUAACGAAGGACGCGACGUGAUCAUGGAUGGUACCCUGUCAUGGGUGCCAUACGUCGAGCAGACAAUCGCCAUGGCACGAAACGUUCAUAAAUAUCGUUACAGCAUGGGUGUUGGCUACAAGGUGUCGAGUGAUGGUACCAUUACUGAAAACUAUUGGGAAAAAGAAGAUGUAACUCAAGAAAAGGAACAAGGGCAACAAGCUAAGAUGAGGAAACCAUAUAGAAUAGAGUUGGUUGGAGUUGUUUGUGAUGCUUAUCUUGCUGUUGUUAGAGGCAUCAGGAGAGCUGUAAUUAUGGGAAGGGCAGUGAGGGUGAAGUCACAGUUGAAAUCUCACAAGCAAUUUGCAAGUGCAUUUCCAGGAUACUGCCAACUUGUUGAUAAUGCUAGGCUAUAUAGCACCAAUGCAUUGGGUGGCCCACCAAAGCUAAUAGGAUGGAAAGAUGGUGAUAACAAGCUGCUGAUUGAUCCAGAUGAAAUCAAAUGUUUGAGCAUAGCAAGCAGUUUGAACCAUGAUGCAGAGGGCAUAUAUGACCUUUACCCACAACCUGCAGGCCAAAUAUACGAGGCCGGUUCAGUUUGGAACGACAUAGUUUUGAUGCCUACAAGGGGAAGUCGUCAACUAGAGCUAAAGGCUGCCAUUCAGAAAAUUGAAAACCAGAUAAUUUAAUUGUAACGCAUAACUUAAUUGCUUUGUGGAUUUGUUCAAACUAUCUCCAAGAUCAUGAGCAAUCAUUUUGAAGAAGAGGAAUUUAAAUUUCCAAAUCAACAUAUGUAAUAAAUACCAGUAUGUUUUCCGAUGUUAAUCAAGAUUUCAAUGUUACUUAGCA